AUGUCGGUGUUUUGUGAAGUCCCUCAAGCAGCCCCUAUAGCUGUCUUUAAGCUGAUGCAGGACUUCAACAACGACCCAUUUCCUAAAAAGGUGAACCUGGAAGUUGGAGCCUACAGGACAGAUGAAGGCAAACCUUGGGUUUUGCCAGUGGUGAAAAAGGUGGAGAAAACCAUUGUGCACGAUGACCGGCUAAACCACGAGUACCUGCCCAUCCUGGGCCUGCCCGACUUCAGAUCCUCGGCCUCCAAGAUCGCGUUUGGAGACGACAGUCCUGCCAUCCAAGAGGACAGGGUUGGGGAUGUCCAGUGUCUCGGUGGUACCGGUGCCUAGAAGAUAGGCGCAGAAUUUCUUAGGCGAUUCUACAAUGGGACAAACAACACAAAAACACCCAUCUAUGUUUCUACACCUACAUGGGAAAAUCACAACGCCCUGUUCAGUAACGCUGGUUUUGAGGACGUUCGUCCGUACAAGUAUUGGGAUGCUGAGAAGAGAGGUCUCAAUUUGUCCGGUUUUCUUGGAGCCCUAGAGAGUUGUCCGGAGCGCUCGGUCUUCGUCCUACAAGCUUGCGCCCAUAAUCCAACUGGAACUGACCCCGCACAGGAGCAAUGGAAGCAAGUUGCUGAGGUCUUGAAGAGGAGGAAGCUAUUUGCGUUUUUUUACUCAGCCUAUCAGGGCUUCGCUUCUGGCAACCUCGACAAAGACGCCUGGGCUGUCCGCUACUUUGUCUCCAUGGGCUUUGAAGUGUUUUGUGCUCAGUCGUUCUCCAAGAACUUCGGCCUGUACAAUGAGCGUGUGGGCAACCUGACGAUUGUCGCUCGUGAUGCUGACAAACUUAAGAGGGUCCUCUCCCAGAUGGAGAAGAUAGUCGUAACCACCUGGGCCAACCCGCCUUCUCAGGGAGCUCGCAUCGUUGCCAUCACGCUGAACUCACCAGAGCUUUUUUCUGAAUGGAAGGAUAACGUAAAGACCAUGGCUUUACUCAUGAGAGCUCAGCUGAAAGCCAAGCUUCAAACACUGGGUACACCCGGGACCUGGGGCCACAUCACCAACCAGAUUGGCAUGUUCAGCUUCACGGUGCUCAACGCCAAACAAGUGGAAUAUCUGAUAAAAGAGAAACACAUCUAUUUACUGGCCAGUGGUCGCAUCAACAUGUGCGGUUUGACCAGCAAAAACAUAGACUAUGUGGCCGAGUCCAUCCAUGAGGCCAUUACCAAGGUGCAGUAGAAGAAUGAAGAGCCCGUCCUGCUGCUGAGGCACCACCAUGUUUGUUUACCGCAGGUUUUAU